CUAGAUUAGGCCUAUCUAGGCCUACCAUGUCUCACAUUUCUCCGAUGCAGGGAUGGAGAGGUCACAUUGCUGUGAUGGAUGUACUGAAUGUGUGACGUGGGCAGGGUGUGGUGUGUAGGUCUACGCAGUGCACAAGCAGACAGAACACACCACAGGGUGUGGUAGGGUGGAGGACAACACAGUGGCAGAUGCAUACCCUGAUAGCAAUGCUCACUGGUAGAGAGGUCACGCCAAGUAUGUGGGAUUGAUGCCCCAUGUUUAGCAUACAAAAGCUGGUCUCCUUGUCUUAAGUCUGGCAUAUCUUCCACUUUUCUCAGUGAGGGAAGUAAGACUAGAGUAAAUAUGAUGGUCGGUUUUGUAUCGAAUUCUGACUCAAGCUCUCACUUGUACCCAGCUGCUUACGCUGAUCCUGGGUUUGCACAGUUCAACUCUCAGCACACAUGUUCCUUUUCAUCCAGUUAUAACCAGAUGAAAGUGGACUUGUCGUUGCCUCAGGAAAAACAACUUGUGCCUAGGUUUCAAUUAAGUGGAGACGAUCAGAAACUUUUGAACGAUAAACCUCACAAGUGUGAGUUCUGUGGUCAGGGCUACAAACACAGACAAGAUUUGAGGAGGCAUAUUCGCAACAACUGCAACAAGUGUGAUUUGUGCGGUGCAAAAUUUAAAUCAAUAUGCAGUUUAAGGAAACACAUCUUGGCCCAUACAGGAGAAAAACCUUACAAGUGUGGUGUGUGUGGUGCGGGAUUUGGCCAUAAGAGUCAUUUAAACAGACACACUUUGAUACACACAAGAGAGAAGUCUUACAAAUGUAAUGUGUGUGCCACAGAGUUUACUACAUUUAGUGAUUUUAAAAGACACAAUCUGUUACACACGGGAGAGAAACCGUAUACAUGUGAUGUGUGUAAUGCAAAGUUUCGACAAUUUAGUGGUUUAAAACAACAUGCCUUGAUACACACUGGAGAAAAACCUUUCAAGUGUGAUGUCUGUGAGUCAAGAUUUCGUCUUAAAAAUCACCUGAAACAGCACACGUUAAUUCACACAGGAGAAAAGAACUAUGAGUGUCAUGUAUGUGAUUCAAAGUUUAGUACGUAUAGUGAUCUGAAACGGCACACUGUGUUACACACAGGAGAGAAACCAUACAGAUGUGAUGUAUGUUAUGCCAGAUUCAGACAAGCCAGUACUUUGAAACAACACACCUUGAUACACACUGGAGAAAAACCUUACAAAUGUAAUGUCUGUGAAGCAAAAUUUAAGCAAAGAAUUCAUUUAAAGCAGCACUCUUUGAUACAUACUGGUGAAAGACCUUUUAAGUGUGACAUGUGUGAUGCAAGUUUUGUUCGUAAAAGUCAUUUAAAGCAACAUGCUUUGAUACACACAGAAUCUGCUGGAGUGUGACAUUGCCAGCAUUAUUACACUACAUACAUGUAUUGCUUUUGUAUUUGAUCAACUGUCACCGCAGUGUCACAGAUAGCAGCAUCCUCAUGUGGUGCCAUGUUUGGAAAUCUUGACAUGCUGGUCUUCCUGCCUUGUGCAUGUCAUGUGAUAAUUUAAUUUUAAUCCCCUGCAAUCACUCCGAAAAGUAAUAUUUUUCUUUUUAGUCUGAACUUGCUGGUUCCCAGUGCUACUUAUUGAUUGGCAGAAACCCUUAAUUUUUAAACAGAAUCUGAGGUGUAAUAGUUAAACUCUUCACUCUACCGGUAGCGAAGAAAAGAAACAAGUUUGAUUCCUGAGUAGAAAAGUGUUGUUAUCAAGUAGCCUACCACUUGGCUGGGUUCUGUCAGACAUGGAUGUUCAAAUUGUAAUGGUGAAAGAGUUGUUUACACAUACUAUUGCCAGAUGUCAUAAUAUAAUUACAGUAUAACACGGACAGCUCGAAUUCGUCAGGACCGGCCUCUGUAGUUCGAGGGACCAGUAGUUUGAGGGAUGUCUUAUAAAAAUAAAGAGAAAAAAAAAACAGGACUGCAGGCACAGUUCAACAGUUGUGUGAUUUCGAAUCUUCAGCGACCUCUCUGUGUUAUACUUUUAUACUUAUACUGUACAUGUACAUGUAUGUGUUUUUGUGAUUGACGAUUAUAUUGUAAUUUUUAGUAAAUUA